AUGGCCCCCCGGAGCCGCGGGCGGAUGGAGCCAAGCUACGUCGUGGGUAUCUGCUGCCUGGUGCUGCUGGAGCCGGUCCGGGUGUGGAGCGGCGAGCCCAUCACCGGGGGACCCGGGGAGAACGGGAACGGCAGCCAGGCACCGGCGGCGGCGGAGACCGCGGCCCCCACACCCACCGGGGCAGCCCCGGCGGGGGGGGACCGCUGCCGCGGGUACUACGACGUGAUGGGGCAGUGGGACCCGCCGUUCAACUGCAACGCCGGCAUUUACCAAUACUGCUGCGGGACCUGCGGGUACCGGUUCUGCUGCCAGUUCAAGCCCAGGCGGCUGGACCAGAGCGGCUGCACAAACUACGAUACCCCCAACUGGGUCAACACGGGACAGCCACCCACCCGGGUGGAUGAAACCCCCGAGAACCCCACUCGCGACAAGACCAACAUGAUCGUCUACAUCAUCUGCGGUGUGGUGGCCAUCAUGGUGCUGGUGGGCAUCUUUACCAAGCUGGGCCUGGAGAAGGCACAGGGUCCACAGACAGAGAUGACCGUCUCCAGGACGCUGACAGACCUGCUGAAGCAGCCGGGCCACAGCCCCUCCGAGCACAUGGAUGGCCUCAUGGGGGGUUUGCAGGUCCCUCUGGGUGACGGGCUUGGCCGGGGCCCCCCCAGGAACAGCACAGACAAACCACCCUUGAACAACGCGGUGACCAUCGCCCCCGGGCUGGGGCGGCCCCACAGCCACAGCAAGCGCCCGCCAGUGGCCACCAGCCUGACCCUGCCGGCCCCCUACGCCACCUACGCCACCCUCAAGGCUGGAGAGAACACCCCCGAUGACUUCUACCGGCGGUUCGGGGGUCCAGAUGUGUCCCCCGCCAGCACCCUGCCUUUCCCAGCCACCGAGACCUCGGCACUAGCAGAGGGCUGCUCCCUGCCCAAGGCCAAGGGCCCCAAGCUGCCAGGGGGCCCACUCUUCCCAGGGGGCUGGGAGGGAGGUGGCCCCCGUGGCCCCCGGAGGCCCGGUCUGCGCCCUGAAGGGCUACCUGAGGCCUUCGGCACCACUCCCCCCCUGUACGGGCAGCCCUCCCGGCACCUGGCCACCAACAGCAAGACUGAGGUCACCGUCUGACUGCUGCCACCAUCGGGGACUGGGGGUGUCCCCUUGCCUGAGCACCUCUGACAGCCUCCCCUUGGGCCGGCCCACCAGAGCAUCGUAGGACCUGCACCAGCUGGCCAGGGGAUUGAAGCUCCAUCCUUCAUCUCCUGGAGAUGGGAGCUGCCAGCCAUGCUUCACCAUCAAAGAGGCACCACGGGGCCAGGCCCACUGAUCUGGGUAACAAGCUUCAGCUGUUCUCAGCCCACCCUGUGAAGAGGUUGAUCCAGGGGCACGUUGGUGAAGCAGUGUGCUCCUCAGGGGAGGCGAACUGAUGGCAGAUGGACCACAGCCCCCAGGGACUGGGGGACACAUCCUGCUGGGGCCAGGCACCUCCACCAUGAGCAGGUGGAGGAAGAGCAAUGGACUAAAAGCACUGUCCCAGCACUGCUGACAGAGCAGUGCCUCCCCUUCUUCACUACCCCAGCUU